AUGGGGGACUGGCACCUGCUUGGAAGGCUGCUGGAGAGCGUGCAGGAGCACUCCACAGUGGUGGGCAAAGUCUGGCUGACGGUGCUCUUCAUCUUCCGCAUUCUGGUUCUGGGUGCUGCUGCAGAGAAGGUCUGGGGGGAUGAGCAGUCCAACUUCUCCUGCGACACCAAGCAGCCCGGCUGCCAGAGCGUCUGCUAUGACCAGACUUUCCCCAUCUCCCACAUCCGGUUCUGGGUGCUGCAGAUCAUCUUUGUCUCCACGCCCAGCCUCAUCUACUUGGGCCACAUCCUGCACCUGGUGCGCGUGGAGCAGAAGGAACAAGAAAGCCUGGACGCUCAGGGCAGCUGCCCCGCAGGACAGCCUAAUCCCACCAAGGUCUCCAUUCGGGAUCCUCGUGGCAGGAUCCGCCUCCAAGGGGUCAUCCUGAGGACUUACAUUUGCAACAUCAUCUUCAAGACCCUCUUUGAGGUGGGCUUCAUCAUGGGCCAGUAUAUCCUGUAUGGCUUUGAGCUGAAACCUCUCUACACCUGCAGCCGCUGGCCCUGCCCCAACACAGUCAACUGCUACAUCUCCCGCCCCACCGAGAAAACCAUCUUCAUCCUCUUCAUGCUCGCCGUGGCCUGCCUCUCACUCCUUCUCAACAUAGUAGAGAUGUACCAUGUGGCCUUCAUCAAAUGCAGGGUGAGACGGACGGCCAGACACACCCCAGGCGCGAAGGAGGAGGCAAUGACUCCUGGCCCCCACGGAGCCAGCAGCGCAACUUCACCUCACCGUGUCUCUUUGCAGGCUGGUGACAAGGCCGCUAAGGGGGGCAGUCCUGGAGAAGGGAUAGGGAGCGAAAGCCCCGCUUGGGUUGCAAGCCAGAAGCGAGACGGCAAGUGCGGCAAGACCGGCAGCAAAUGGAAGCCCAGCGACCUAGCUGUUUAG